CUUCGUCCGUCCGCCGCGUGGCGCGACGAUCGGGACGCAGUCGGGGAAGAGCGACGCCAAGCUCCGUCCCGUUAUUCGCCGCGUCGCCCCGAUCGACCAAUGGCGAGGUCGGACCGGACCGACUCGACGCUCGGUCGUGAAUGGACGGACGCGGCGCGUGAAUGAAAGGGCGGGUCGGUGGACGGCACGCCUCUCGACCGCCGUCACGUGUCGACGAGUCCCCCCGUUUACUACGGCACCUACGAGCGGAUGGGGAUUACCUGACGGUCGGUCUAGCGCCAAGUCACGAUGCGUCCUCUCUCGAGUCGCUCGAUCGGGAUCGCGCUCCUCUGCACCUUUCUCAGCAUGACCGCUUGUUGCGAAGGGGGCCAUUGUUGGAGUUUUGUAGAUAAAAAUGGACGUUGCACCGAAAUUUUAAAAACGCACGUUUUGAAAGAAGAUUGCUGUUCCGACGGGAGUGCGACGACGGCGUGGAGUGAAGAAGAUCUACGUUCCGGCGACUUAUUUUUUUGGAGGAUGUUCGGCGGAGGGGUCAGAUGCCAACCCUGUAAAGAUUCUUGCGAGGGAGUGGAAUGUGGCAAAGACAUGAAGUGUAUCAUUAAAAAUAGGAAGCCAAAAUGUGUGUGCGCACCGAAAUGUACCAAGAGAAAAUGGGAGAUUGGGGAAGUGUGCGGGACGGACGGACGUUCGUAUCGACACGUCUGUCGCCUUUUGAAACGACAGUGUAGAAAAGACAAGCAGUUGGCCGUCGCCUAUUUCGGGCGGUGCCAAAAAACAUGCGAGAACGUUCGAUGCCCCGGCAAGAAAUCGUGCCUGUUGGAUCAGAACCUUCGUCCUCAUUGCGUUCGAUGCAAACAGCACUGUCCUCCGGUCACCGCGGGACGUUAUUUAUGCGGUGCAGACAACGUCACUUAUCCCAGUUAUUGCCACAUCCGCCAAGCCGCCUGCGUCAGAGGCCGAGCCAUACAAGAAUCGUACAAGGGCAAGUGUCAAGCCGAUGCCACGUGCGAGACGGUGAAGUGCAGGCGAGGAAAGAGAUGCCUUCUCGAUCCGGAUACCAAACUGCCGCGCUGCAUCACCUGUCCCGAUCGAUGCCAUUGGCCCAAGAAGGACCCGGUCUGCGCUUCCAAUAACUUCACCUACUCCAGCUGGUGUCACAUGAUGCAGGAUUCGUGCAAGUUGGGGGUGCUUCUUCGAACGCAAAGCGACGGCUCGUGCGAAGAGCCUACGAAUCUGCGAGAGUUGAACGCCAUACCUCUAGCAACGUACGAAGGGACGGUGCAGUCGUAACGCUUCCGGGAAUUCCCUUCUGUCGUCAUCUCUUGCGGUGACCACUAUCCAUUCCGCAGAGAUUGGAACCUCGGAGAGUGUUCGUCUCCGUACAGUAUCAUUCCCGAUUGACUUAAUCGACUUUCCGAAUUUAAGAAACGCACAGAGGUACAUAACAACAGAAUGGUGUACGAGUCCGUCAUCGUUCGACUUUUGUAGUUUUGUCUUCUCUCCCGUCAGCAUUUAUUUAUUUUUGAACAGUUCCGAUCGACGCAUCCGUAAAAAAGAAAACAAACAAACAAACAAACACUUCGACCAUUGUGUAAUAAUAAUAAUAAUAAUAAUAUAUAUAUACAUACACACAUAUAUAUAUAUAUAUAUAUAUAAUAUUUAUAAAUAGGUUAUAUAGAAAUGCUCCGAAAAGUGCCAACAGGGCGUCGUCCAUUCGUAUUCGUACGUUAUACGACGCCGAUUCAGUAUACGAUUCGAAUUCUUUAUUGUAGUUUCGAACGUUCGAGACGGGAAGAUCUCGGUGCAAAACGUAACUACGAAAAGAAACGUCCCAUUAGUACUGUAUAGUCUUCUAUGUUUUUUUUUUUUUUUGAAAAAAAGAACCAUUCCACGAAGUUGUAGUUUUUAUUCAUAGCCUUAUAACUUCUAUGGUGUCAUUAUUUAUCCCACGUCGUCUCCGUUUAGUUUUUUUUUUUUUUUUUAAUGUAUAUAAAAUAGUUUUUACGUCGGUGCCACAUUUUGUUUAAUAAAUAAUUGCUACCUUGAUGACAGUUUAUUUAUCUUGUUGUGUAUAUGUAUUCGACGCAUCAAGACUCAGGAAUGUAAACGUCCUUUAAGGAACAGCAAUAAAAAGAUGUACGAAUACUA